GGGAAAGGGAGAGAAGACGAGGUGUCCUGCAGACCACGGGAGAACACGGUGCCCGGGCGGCCUCUGGGCCCCUUCCUCGUUUGGCCUGCCUUCUGGGGGCCGCUCUGGCUCUGGGAACCGAGGCUCAGCCCCUGCACAGCCCAGCGUCCCUGCCCGUCGCCCGCCGCCCGGCCGGGGCCAGGGUGGGGGGCGCCCACUCCGCAGGCGGCGCGAGUGGGCGGCGAGCGCAGGCCCGCGAGAAAAUCUGCUAGGUCCCAGGCAGCCUCUGCUGCCCCUUUGAUGUUUUGGUACGCCGUGCGCAUGCGCCUCACAUUAGAAUUACUGCACUGGGAAGACUAAGUUGGAUCACCUCUCUUCAGUGAAGCCCUCAAUCCCAUCAAAAACUAAAGGGAUGUGGAGAGUUCGGAAAAAAGGCUACUUUGGGAUUUGGUCAUUCCCCUUAAUAAUCGCCGCGGUCUGUGCUCAGAGUGUCAAUGAUCCUAGUAAUAUGUCACUGGUUAAAGAGACGGUGGAUAGACUCCUGAAAGGCUAUGACAUUCGUCUGAGACCAGAUUUUGGAGGUCCCCCCGUGGCCGUGGGAAUGAACAUUGACAUUGCCAGCAUCGAUAUGGUUUCUGAAGUCAAUAUGGAUUAUACGUUGACAAUGUAUUUUCAACAAGCCUGGAGAGAUAAGAGGCUGUCGUAUAAUGUAAUACCUUUAAACUUAACUCUGGACAAUCGAGUAGCAGACCAGCUCUGGGUGCCCGACACCUACUUCCUGAACGACAAGAAGUCGUUUGUGCACGGUGUGACCGUCAAGAACCGCAUGAUCCGCCUGCAUCCCGACGGGACUGUUCUCUACGGCCUCAGAAUCACCACCACAGCUGCCUGCAUGAUGGACCUGAGGCGGUACCCCCUGGAUGAACAAAAUUGCACCUUGGAAAUUGAAAGCUAUGGGUAUACAACUGAUGACAUUGAGUUUUACUGGCGCGGGGAUGAUAACGCGGUCACGGGAGUAACGAAGAUUGAGCUGCCACAGUUCUCUAUCGUGGAUUACAAACUCAUCACCAAGAAGGUGGUUUUCUCCACAGGUUCCUAUCCCAGGUUGUCCCUCAGUUUUAAGCUGAAGAGAAACAUUGGUUACUUUAUCCUGCAAACGUACAUGCCUUCCAUCCUGAUCACUAUCCUCUCCUGGGUCUCCUUCUGGAUUAACUACGACGCUUCCGCUGCACGGGUGGCAUUAGGAAUUACAACUGUCCUGACAAUGACCACCAUCAACACCCACCUCCGGGAGACUCUCCCGAAAAUCCCCUAUGUGAAGGCCAUUGACAUGUACCUAAUGGGGUGCUUUGUCUUUGUUUUCAUGGCCCUUCUGGAAUAUGCUUUGGUCAACUACAUCUUCUUUGGGAGGGGACCCCAACGCCAAAAAAAAGCAGCCGAGAAGGCUGCUAGCGCCAACAGUGAGAAGAUGCGCCUGGAUGUCAACAAGAUGGACCCCCAUGAGAACAUCUUACUGAGCACCCUGGAGAUCAAAAAUGAGAUGGCCACGUCCGAGGCUGUGCUGGGGCUGGGGGACCCCAGGAGCACGAUGCUGGCGUACGAUGCCUCCAGCAUCCAGUACCGGAAAGCCGGGCUGCCCAGGCAUACUUUCGGCCGCAAUGCCCUGGAACGACACGUGGCCCAGAAGAAAAGCCGCCUGCGGAGACGCGCCUCCCAGCUGAAAAUCACCAUCCCCGACUUGACUGAUGUGAAUGCCAUCGAUCGGUGGUCCCGCAUAUUCUUCCCGGUGGUUUUUUCCUUCUUCAACAUCGUCUACUGGCUUUACUAUGUGAACUAAAAGACAGCCUCCCGCGGGGGGCAAGGACUCGAUCCCUCCUCAAACCAGUUGUACAGACGGACGUAGGACUUGGAAAACACAUCAAUCCAGGACAAAAGGGAUGCUAAAAUACCUUAGUUGCUGGCCUAUCCUGUGGUCCAUUUCAUACCAUUUGGGUUGCUUCUGCUAAGUACUGAACACGCUGAGGUCCUUUGUGGUUUUCCAGGUAAAAUACAAGUGAUUUGUACACGUGCUGGCAAGACUGAGUCUG